CUGCAAUCUUAUCAGAUGUCAGGAGAGAAGAAGACACCUAGAUUAUCUAGCUGUCGUGCGAAGAAACAUUUCAUAGAUGGAAAGGAGAAAGUAAGAAGUACGUGAUCGAGUCCUGGCUCGCUGCGCCAAGCGCGAAGAUGAUUCGUGCGCUCGCUUUCCUCGUUAUUUCAAUUCUUUCUCCGAACGGCUUCGGAGGAGUGUUGUGCACUGCGACGAGCCGCAAAGAUGUUGCUGUCAGCUGGAAAUGGGAGUUUAUGAAUGCUUCGUUCCCGAUCAUGUUUGGUCAGGUCUGCCACAGCUACACUAACGGCAGUACACAAGAGGAUCAGCUACUGGUCUACGCUGGCUAUCAUCAAAGCGGGCCUAGCAAUGACCUGUAUCGGUACGACUUUCCCAAAGGACAGCUGUACGGAGUCAUACAGCACGGCGUGCCCGGAGGAAGCAUUCCGUUUGGACGCGGCGGUGCGGCUUCCAUCCUGAACCCGAGCAAGAGGACGAUGAUGGUGUUCGGCGGGUCUCAGUCGCCCGCAGAAGCGCUUGAUGACACGUGGGAGUUGGAUAUCGGCACGUUCACUUGGACGGAGUACACGGCGGGUGCUGGACAGGGUCCGUCACGGCGUUAUGCUUCCAGCACUGUCUAUGUACCCGAGAUGGACUGUGCACUUCUGUUCGCAGGUUCUUUCUGGAAGGAGCGACUCUACUACAACGACCUGUGGUGUUAUUCCUUCUCUACACACAAAUGGACGGCGCGUGUACCGUCCCUGGGCAGCUCACCGGCCCCACGCUUUGGUCACACGGCCGUCUACUAUGACGGCUACAUGUACAUCUAUGGCGGUGGCGGAAACUCAGAUGUUGACUUCACGGAUGUGUGGGCAUUCAGCAUUGGCAAGCACGAGUGGGGUGAAGUGUUGAGUCAGCCGCCCCCAGGACGUGCAUGGAUGCGCAGUGUCCUCAUCGACGCUCACUGGGUGGUUGUCGGCGGAGCCAGGAACUCCACUGAUAACAUAGAGGUGUGGCGUUGGCCAAUCAGUCCGUCAGCCGCGCUUGGAAGCUGGCAACAGGUUGACAUGGCCGGUGUGGAGUUAGUGGGACGUGAGUCUCAUUGUCUGCUGAACCACCGCAAUGGCAGUGCCGUGUACAUGCUGGGUGGAUAUAGCUAUGAACGCAAAGGUUCUCUGGCCGAGUUUGUCAGAUUCUUCUACUAGAAGCCGAUGAAGUCUGAGUUUACAUUUCGUCAUGCGAAGAUUUUCUGCUGUAUCCACCUGGAACUCUUGUACUUUGAAGCACUUUUGCAUUUGGUCAAGAGCAUUUCGUGCUGUUUGAUUCUACUCAUUACAUUUCCAUCGCUUUUUCUCCUUACAUGUACAUGUAUUUCUCCUUACAACUCAAGCUUCAUUUUGAAAAUGAAAUCCUAAAAGCGCACGAGAUGAUUUUAAUGAUA